AUGAGGUUUUGCCUGGUGGCCCUGGCACCUCCCACCCCAGACAUGCUUGUGCUGCUGCUGCCCCUGCUCUGGGGGAUGGAGGGGACAGAGGGACAGGGACAGUUCGGAAAUGGUUACAUGGUGAGUGUGCAGGAAUCUGUGACGGUCCAGGAGGGCCUGUGUGUCUCUGUGCCCUGCUCCUUCUCCUACCCCCAGGGUGACUGGACUGACUCUGACCCACCUUAUGGCUACUGGUUCCGGGAAGGAGCCAAGACAGACUGGGAUGCUCCAGUGGCCACAAACAACCCAGCUCGAAAAGUGCAGGAGGAAACCUGGGGCCGAUUCCAUCUCCUCGGGGACCUCCCCCGUGGGUCCCCAGCCCUCCGUCUCCACUCGCUCACCUUCUCUGCUCACACAGGGAGCCCAAGAACCCCCACCUCAGAGAUGCUGCUGCUGCUGUGGCAGACAAAGAGAGGGCCCGUAGGGGCUGGGGCAGAAGUGACCCUCAUUGACCCUCAUUUCCCCACAGGGCAGCCAACUCAGGAUCCAAGAUUCCAGCUGGAAGUGCCCAAGUUGGUGACGGUGCAGGAGGGUCUGUGUGUCUUCGUGCCCUGCAGGGUGUUCUACCCUGACUGCUGGACUGACUCUACCCCAGCUCAUGGCUACUGGUUCCAAGAAGGGGCCGAUAUAUACAGAGACCCACCCGUGGCCACAAACAACCCAGCUCGAGAAGUGCUGAAGGAGACCCAGGCCCAAUUUCACCUACUUGGGGACCCCAGGAACAACAACUGCUCCCUGAUCAUCAGAGAUGCCAGGAGGACAGACCAGGGGACAUACUUCUUUCGAGUGGAGAGAGGAAGCAUGAAAAGAAACUACACUUAUCACAAGUUUUCUGUUCAUGUGACGGAUCUAACUCCCGAUAUUCUCAUCCCGGAGACCUGGGAGUCUGGUCGCCUCUGGAACCUGACCUGUUCUGUGCCCCAGGCCUGUGAGCAGAGGAUGCCUCUAAUGAUCUCCUAGAUAGGAGACUCCAUGGCCCCCCUGAGCCCCACUAGCACCACCUCCUUAGUGCUCCCCCUCAUCCCGCAGCCCCAGGACCAUGGUACCAGCCUCACCUGUCAGGUGAGCUUGCCUGUGGCUGGUGUGACCACAAUGAGGACUGUCCAUCUCAAUGUGUCCUAUGCUCCUCAGAUCUUGACCGUGACUGUCUUCCGAGGAGAUGACACAGCAGCCACAGUCCUGGGGAAUGGCUCAUCUCUCUCAGUCCUGGAGGGCCAGUCUCUGCGCCUGGUCUGUUCCAUUGACAGCAACCCCCCUGCCAGACUGAGCUGGACCCGGGGUAGCCUGACCCUCAGCCCCUCACAGCCCUCGAACCCUGGGGUGCUGGAGCUGCCCCGCGUGUACCUCAGGGAUGAAGGAGAAUUCAUCUGCCGAGCUCAGAACGCUCUGGGCUCUCAGCAUGUGUCCCUGAGACUCUCCCUGCAGAGGAAACCAGAGCCCUGGGCAGAGGUGCUGCUGGUGGCCCUCGGGGAGGCGGCUGUGAAGAUCCUGCUUCUCUGUCUCUGCCUCAUCUUCCUCAGAGUGAGGUCCUUCUGGAGGAAGACGGAGCAGGCAGCAGUGGGAGUGGAAGAUGCAAACACCGUCAAGGGUUAAUCUCUCAGGCCUGCAGACUGUGCUUCCAGAUGCCUCCUCAGCCAGGUCCC